CUGGCGCACGAGCCUCGCAGCUCAGCAGCAGCUGGUGCAGCCGGAGAGGCUACUUUGUUACCGCGAAGCAACCGGAGAGAAAAAGGCAGAGCAGAGUCUCUCGGAAAAAGUGUGAACAGUUGUGGGGAAACGGCGCAGCCGAGGGCCUGCUGGUGGGAUUUUGGGACGGCAGCUAUUUGAUGUUUUUGCCAGCGAGCUUGAAGUUUGCGUUUUCCGCUUCAAAAGAGGUCUGUCUCAAAGUUGAGCCGAAACGGAGUUCUCUCAUUCAGGAUGUCGGACUGAGACAAAGGGGUCUGGGGGGCAUUCCCGUCGGAGCGGAGCGCAGGUAUAUCUUGAAUUUAAGAGCCUCCUCUGAAUGGGAAAGAUGGAGAGGGAGCUGCAGUGGUGGAAAGGACAGCUAGCCUCAGAUAUCCAUCAAUCCUUACGCAUCAAGGAGCUGAAGCUGCCAGUUUACCGGGCCCAUUCUCCACAGAUUGGCAUGCGACGUUACUUUGCAGACUUGUUGGCUAUCCUGAGCAAUCGGUACCAGCUAUGUCCCACAGCACGUCAUCUGGCCGUCUACCUGCUGGACUUGUUCAUGGACCACUACGAUGUGGCUGUCAAACAGCUCUAUGUCAUUGCCCUCUCCUGUUUACUUCUUGCUAGUAAAUUUGAGGAGAAGGAGGACCGUGUUCCAAAACUGGAGCAGCUGAACUCCCUUGGCUUUAUGUGCAGCCUUAACCUUGUUCUCAACAAGAGGGAUCUGAUUAAAAUGGAGCUUCUGCUGCUGGAGACUUUUGGCUGGAAUCUGUGCAUGCCCACGCCUGCCCACUUCAUUGACUACUACCUCCACGCCGCAGUGCAGGAGGGCGACCUUUACAACGGCUGGCCCCUGUCCUCUCUGUCCAAGACCAAGGCCUUCAUGGACAAAUACACUCACUACUUCUUGGAAGUUUCCCUGCAGGAUCAUGCCUUCCUGAGUUUCCGACCAUCCCAAGUUGCUGCUGCAUGCGUGGCAGCAUCCCGUAUUUGCCUUCAGAUUUCCCCCAGCUGGACAACUGCUCUGCAUCUCCUAACAGGCUACACCUGGGACCACCUGACGCAAUGCAUUGAACUCAUGCUGCUGGCUCAUGACAACGAUGUGAAAGAGGCCAAUAAAGCCAAAUCCACCCCUCCUCACCGGCCUUCUUCUCUGCAGUCCCAGCCGCUAGCGGCUCACCUUUCUCCAGUGUCAGCCAUCCAGAGACCAGCCUCCUCCUCCUCCACUUCCUCCACACCACAGCUGCUCUUUCAGCCGGACACUUACCCACACCUUUCCCAGCAUUCUCCGUCCCUUUCUCAACUGCAAGUGUUAGCUGACUCCCAGGCUUUGGGCCCUGUGGUGAACAUGUCUCAGGACUUUCUUCAGAGCCACAGGAUGGGUCUCUUAACAGGAGCUCCCUCCAUCACAACUGGAGGGGCGUUCCCUUCUUACUCAAGCCUGACCUCAAGUCUCCAGGCGGGAGCUCGGGCCCUUCCACUCCAGGGCCCCAUCUCUGUGCAGAUGGCCCUCGCUGGAGAGCCGCGACAUUGUCUGAGCAUGGCCUACAGCGGGGGCUACCUGGGGGCGCAUCACACGUUCACAGCUGGCUGCUUUGAUAGGUGACGCCAGGUGACGGAGAGGGAACACAAACCCCAACGAGAGUCCACUGCAAUACCUCCAACUCACCCCCCUCCCCUAACGCAUCCCCUAGUAGACCUCCUCUCUCUCUCCGUCGACACUGCAGCUCGUCCAGCUCGUCCAGCUCCCCUGUCCCUCUCACAGAGACGCCUCAAACGCAAGCAGAGGCCAAAAAGCAAGGCAGACCCAGUGGAAGUCAUCACUCUGACGUGACGACUGCUCCACUGCCUCAUUUGAAAUACAGAGGCUCUGAGAAAAUGUUCCUGCCAUAUCCUGAACUGGAUUUAUAAAUCUGUGUUAUAACGAGACUGUCAUCACUGUGAAUGAGAUGAAAGCAGCAGCGUGAUCGAACUCCCACCUCAUUCAGUGCCUGUUUUCAGUUGUGUGUCACAGCUGAGCCAGUUUUAGUGCACUGAACACAAAGUAUCUGUGAUGAGCGCAGCUCGCUGCUUGACUUCUUUUUUUCUUUUUUGAUUUCUGAUUCCAAAAAUGUCAACAAAUUUAAUAGAAUAUUUGUGACCAAUAAUUUCCAGCCACCGUUUGAGUUUAAGUGUUGACUGGUCUGGACAAAAAAAGGCUGUGUAUGUCUUUCUGCUUUUCCCCUGAAAAUUGACAAACAUUUGAUAUAAUGAGCUAAGGGGCUCCUCUAGGAAUUCUUUCCAGGACUCCAAGAAUUCACUGGGUGCACAGCAGGUGAAGUCCGCAGCUCAAACAGGCCUGCAGUACAAACUUCUUUUUUUUCUGCCCCCUCGCCCUCUCUCUCUCCCAUCUCCAAAGUCAAGCCUGUGCCCGAGCUUCACACAUGCAGGUAAAAAUGGGGCUCUCUUCCAGCUACAGGCGUUUUCCUACUAAAGUUUUAUUUUCUCCUGCACCACUCAAAGAGUUUAACACAAACUGACGUGACUGGACCAGCAUGGUGAAGAAGACUUGGACGUCGGUUGUGUGUUGUGCAUAUGAAUUGCUGCUGCCUUCUUAAGAACUGUUGGUUCUGUGUCUGUGUUAAUGACUCCAAUGUUUACAUGAACCACUAUCAGGGACUUUUAUCAAGAUUACUUGAAUACGAUGCCAUUGAAACAUGCCAUAGCUUUUAUUUAUGAUGACUAUUUGUUCCUGUACUUAUUUUUUAAUUAAUUUUGUUUGAUAUAGUGUAGCUUUUUUUCUUUUUAUACCAACAUAGAAAUCCACCAUUGAUUAAGUGUAGUUUUCUUUGUACCUGUUCAUUGAAACUGUGUAUUCAGGCUCAGGUUUUAAGGCUGAAGCUAGCUGCCUUAUUGUCAUUCUGUGCUAUAGUGCUUUAAACUGGAUGCAAAUCCAGUGUCUGUGGGGGAGCUAUAGUAAUCCCCUUCCUCAUCACUGGACUCCACUCCGCUUACGUCUCACUAAUUGAAUACAUGAAUCUUAUUUUUCGAAAUAGUGGAACAAACCCAUGCUCACUGUUUUCACAAAUAAACAUCUGCAGCCAGUCAUGCGUAAUUGCUUCUCAGAUUUCUAAAGCUGCAGUCCCCCAUCUUUAACUUCCUGUUAAAGUUUAAACACAACCAGAUUCCCAGUGCUGAUCACAGAGGUUGUCCACUGCUCACCAUUUUGGUUCUUUAAAUGUGUGGACCGCAAGCCUUUGGGAGUUGUGGGCCACAUGGAGACUAAUUUAGGUAUGUCAUUAUCAAUCAAUUAACUUGAAUCCAAGGGAAUCCAUAUAUGCCUCCUGUUUUAUCCUUAUAUUGGAGAACUCAAAUACAGUUGCUAUAACUAAGGGCACAUAAGUCAAGUGCUCAGCAUUUCGGUUGAUAUCCCCAGAUAGUAAUGGAGAAGUGUUGGCUUGUUCUGGGGAAAACGAAAACUGCUGAACUGGUUGUUGUUCCUUAAAUGUUCAAACGGAGACUGGCUUCAAUUCUCUGGCUUUAAAGUUGUUCGUUGUGGACCCUGGACACACCGCUAUGCUUGUGCCUUGCCCACAGCAGAUGUUUGGUUCACGUUUGAAUUCUGAGUUUUUGGAUGAAGCUCUCUGACUCUGCAACACAUGUUUAUAACUGUUGGUACCCCGCUCCUGAAAUGAAGUAGAAUACUAUGCCUUUUUUUUUAAACCCUGUGUACCAUUUUGUUACAUUUUUUCUACAUUCCUUUUUGCUCCCAUUAUAUUUGAAAUGUUUGUGAUUUUUGUUCUCCCUCACCACCAAUGGAUGCUGUUAGUCAGAACUAGAGUUUGCUCUUUUCCUCACUAUUCACGAGCAACUUGUCAUUGAGGUCAAAGGUGCAAUAAGGUGUUUUUCCUGUUUUAACUGACCACAGCCAUCACUGUCUCGUGUGUACCACUGGCUCAACUUUUGUAACUUAUUGUUUGACUAUUGUAUGAUUUGAUUUGAUUUCAUCUAGAGGGCGGUGUGCUCUGAACACAAAGAUUAUGUUGCAUAUUGCAGCCACUCACUUUGAGUAACAGAUAUUACUGAAUACUUUUGUCUUUAAGAGUGUUACUGUUCAUCUGACCACGAAACGUGCUGAGGCUACUCGCACCACACAACAAUUGUCCUGCGUUAUAGUGAUGAAUUGACACCAUGAACUUCUAAUGUUAUUUUUGUAUUCUUUUUUAACAACCUGUAGUCUCUGCUUUUGUGACACUGAAUGAUAGUGUUUAAUCAUAAGGUGUGAUGACAAAAUAAACACAUGUGAGCUGAACUUCUUAGAGGUGUUUUUUGGUUGUUGUUUUUUUUUUCCUCUAAGGAGGUGCAAGUGAUGGACUGGCUGCUUUUGGAAGCCGGGUGCUUUCCCCCUGCUUUGCUUCAG